GUCGAAUAAAAACCAUUCUCUCUAGGAAAUUAAAAUCCUAUCGAUAUUGCGAACAUACUUACGUAUUAAAUAUUCACAAAGCGGUGCUUUUGAAACCUGAAUUGUGUUUUAUAAUUUAUUUUUUCUCGUAUAAAAUUUAUUAUAAAAAAAGGUAAUUACACUGCUCAAAAAAAUUAUGGCAUAGAAAAUAUUUGCGGAAAAUUGGCCAAUUUUGACUGCCGACCACUUCGCGAAAAAUUAUCGUAGAUGAAUGAUUUUUUUUUCAAAAUGAAGUUUGAAGUCUACUUUACCUCCAUUUUUUGCAUGCAAUGCACCCCACCCCUGUAACCCCUGAAAUCUGAGGGCAUGUUUGGCAUACUGAAAAUUGCAAAGUUUGACGGAAUGCACGGAAUGCAUGGAAAAAUUUUUUUCAGGGACACUGUUUGCAUCGUCAUAAAGUUUAAAUCUUCCACUUCAAUUUAAAAAAAAAAAGUGAAGUCGCUACGAUUUUUUUUUCGCAAAGUUGCAGCCCUUCAAAAUUACUGUUGUUUUUGGCCUUUGAGCCAAGUACCGGCCGGUGGGUUUAAUGACUAAUCAAAACACGAGCCAGGAGCUGAAAAACGUGCGUGCACGCGCGCGUGUGUGUCCACAAACACUAUUGCCAUGGCUCUACUAUGGCUUCCAGUACAAUUAGCUUUUUGUCUCGUAAAAUGAACGCACUAGCGUGCGUGCCAUAUGUUCCGCUUAAUUAUAAACAAACUGCAGCAAAUUAUAAAUAAACGGCAGAAUUUUUGCCGUUGAUUUUAUAAUUAGAACUUUUUGUUUUUAUUUGGACAUAUGCAGGAGCAAUCGAAAUAGGAAGUAUCUAUAAAUAAGCUCCAUGUAUAAAUGGAAUAUACAUAUAGCUUUAUUAUUAUAUGAACAAACUAUAAUAUAUAUACAUAUAUCCUUCAGUAAAACAUUGUAGCCGCGUGCAUAUGUAUGUGUGUAUGUUGAUAUAUCAUUCUCGCGCAUAAAAGUAAACUGAAAUGGAAUUUGAAUAGCUUUUCAUUGUAACAAAAUUUAUUCAAUUUUUUAUAUUUUAUAUUCAUACACUUUAUUAUCAUUUUUCAGCUACGCCGUUCGGCCAAGUACCUAUGCUCGAAGUAGAUGGAAAGAAAAUUGUUCAGUCUACAGCUAUCUUCCGCUACUUGACAAAACAAUACGGUCUUGUCGGCAAGAACGAUUGGGAAUCUCUAGAAAUUGAUUCUACCGUCGAUACUAUACAUGAUUUACGCGCCAAUAUUACGGCUUAUCAUUAUAAAGACAAUGAAAUAGCUAAAGAAGAGAAACUCAAAAAUGCCAAAGAGAAGGUGCCGUACUACCUGGAACGUCUGGAUGCUCAGGUGCAAAAAAACGAUAAUAUAGGUAUAUAGAGAACCACAUCCUUUAAUGUGAUAAAUUGAAAGAACGAGACCGCGUUGACAUUCAAACGCUAUACAUCUUUGUGAAAAAUAUUAGGCAAGUAAAUUGCAUUGCAAAGUUUUACAUUUACAAUUCUAUUAUUUACAGAAGCAAAAUAUUAUGUAUAUAGCAUAUUUCAUUAUCAUAAUCAUAUAUGUUUUUGACUAAAUAUUUUAAGAAAUUUAUCUAGCUAAUAAUAUCGCAUACAACGUGUAUGUGUUUCUCGAGUACGUAUGUUAUUAUCAUAGAUAAUAUAUUUGAUUUGUCACGUUUUGAUGACACAAAUAGCAUAGUGUUGUGUGGAUGGCAUAAAGUUAUCUUCUGUCACGAUUAUUGCAUUGAUAAUGAAAGAUACAAUAUUUUUUACAUUAUAUCCAAUGAUCUUUUUUUGAUUAUGUUGUUUUAGAUUUCUGUGCAUUACGUGCAAAAAUUUUUAACAUGUUCUCUAUACUUUCUUUCUAUAUAA